AUUGGCUGCGUAUGACCGACUCUUAGGUUGCUUCCAGGUGACACAACCAAAGCUAACCCUACUUCUAUAAAUGCUCCACAACCCACGUCUUUCUAUUCCUACCCUCUUCUAUUUUUGGUCAUCUUUCUUUCAAAACGUAACUCAAUUCAGGUUACCUGACUUGAACAAAAAGGUUUAUCUUGAACGUUUCAAGUUUUGAUAAAGAUUUGAAGAUGGAAGACAAAUCUGAAUCCAUUGUUGGUGGAGAAGAUAAGUUCAAGAAGGAAGAACCGCAUAUCAAAGUUAAGACCAAAGAUAUAGAACCAAAUGUUGAGAAUGAAACGGAGACAGAGGUGGAGAUUGAAUUGAAGACCAAAUCAGUGGAGAAGGAGAAGAAAAAACACAAGGGCGAGGAAGAGAAACAUGAAGAUAAGAAUGAAAAGAAAUCAAAGAAAAAGGAUAAAGAAUUGAAAGAGAAGGUAAAAGAGAAAGAGACGAAGGAUGAAGAUAAAGAUCAGAAAAAGAAAGAGAAAGAAAAAGAAGACAAGAAAAAGGAUAAAAAACAGAAGGAUUUAAAGGAAGAGAAAAAGAAGAAGAAAGAUGGACGGUCAAAGGAGAAGAUAGAGGAAGAAACUGGGGGAAAAACUAAAAAGGAGGACAAGAGAAGUGAAGGUGAAUGUGAGGAGAAAGAAGAGAAGAAAAAGAAGGAGAAAAAGCAGAUGGAUGAAGCUGAGGAAGAAGAGAAGAAGAAAAAGCACAAGGAUGAAGAUGAGGAGGAAGAGAAGAAGAAGAAAAAGGACGAGGAUGAGGAGAAGAAGAAGGAAAGUAAGGAGAAAAAAGAUAAAAAGCACAAGGAUGAAGUGGUUGAAGGAGCCAGAAAUGAAAAUGGAGAUGAAGAGAAGAAGAAAAAGAAAGAUAAGGAGAAGAAAAAAGAGCACAAGGAUGAUGAGAGUGAGGGGAAAGAUGGCAAAGAUGAAGAGAAAGCAGAAAAGAAGAAAAAGAAAGGUAAAGAGGAGAAAGAGAAGAAAAAAGGCAAGGAUGGGGUAAAGGGUGAGGUUGAGGCGACCUCCAGGGAGAUUCAAAUAGAAGAAAGUGAGAAAGAAUUAGAAGCUGAAGGGGAGGAGAAGAAGCAGAAAGGAAAAGAAAAGACAAAGUCUGAGAAGAAAAGAAAACUUGACGGGAAGGGAAAGAGCAAGGGUAUUGAUAAGCUAAAACAGAAGUUGGAGAAAAUCAAUGGCAAAAUAGAGGCUCUCAUGGAGGAAAAAGCUGACAUUCUGAGGCAGAUUAAAGAAGCUGAGCAUGAGAGUGGUGACAUGACUCAGAAGCAAACAGAUAAAGCUGGGACUGUGGCUGAGUAGCAUCACACCAUGGUACAUGAUUUGUACUUAUCCUUUCACUUUUGUAGUAUGAAUGUUUCUGUAGAUGUAUAUGUUUCUUUGUGUGAAUAAAACACCUUUGUAUUUGCUGUGAUGAAUAAAUCAACAUCUUACUUCUUACUCUGUUGAGUGAA